AUGGACCAAUGGUUUGACUACCGUGGGCAGAUAGAGUCUGGCGGAAGGCCAUCCAGGGUUCACAAGGAUUCUGCCAGUUUUUAUAUAACACCAGUUGACGUGGACCCAAUAUAUGAGGAAGUGUCCCAAACAUCCCCGAAACGUCCUGUAAAUCGGAAACAAACUGGCCUGUGUUUUAUCUCUAAUGCCUCACGCUGCUAUGCUGGAAUAUUAAUAAAACCAAGCGAUGUUAGUCUAGGUCAGCCAUUUGAUGGUCGAUCACUAUGUUGCUACGAUGUCUCUCAGUCCGUCGACAAAUUAAUAAACCUCUUGAUGUUGGUGAAAAUCCAUAACGACGUGAAGGAAGUAUGCCGUAAUUGCAAUGACAGAUUUUUAUUGACCACUGAUAUCUCAAUGACAUGCAAAAUGGAAGUCUCAGAUGAAAAACUGCAACUUAAAGGCAAGAAUUGCAAUGUCGGUUUGAAAAUGAAAAGGACUCGCAUACACUUACUUUAUUUUUAUGUGUCCGUAAAUUGCAGUGUUUGCGGAAAUAAUGUCAUAACAGCCGGAAUCAAUUUUACUACGGACGGCAAAAUUAUUCGAAAAGACUUGCAUUGUGAUAAACUGUACGGUGAGGUAACUAUUUCAGUGUUUUCAUUUGUGAGUCUGACCAAAGACUCCAGGCUAGAUGCUUUUAUAUCGGAUACAAGAUGUGUCGUAAAUGACAGUGCAAGCAACAGAUUUGGAAUUCUUAUCUUGUAAAUGUUAAUCAGAUGUAAUCACCUAAAAUCGCCAUGUUCUAUUGUAACUUGACAUAAUUGUUCUGCUACUCACAGUUUACAAUAAAAAACAACAUUACAAAUACAGACAUCUCGACAGAACCCGAUUUCAAACAAAUUCAAUCCAGCUAGGGCAAAAAAAAAUCAUCAAAAAUGCAAAAGUUUCAACAAAGGCUUAAAUACACUCAGUAUGAAAAAAAAAUAUAGAAAAUAAAAAUUGAAAAUAAAAUACUAGGGCACAAUGAAAAAUGAAAAAACAAUUCAAGCUAGGGCAAUAAACAACAUAGAAAAUACAUAAGUUUCAACAAAGGCUUAACUCAAAUUCAAUAUAACUAAGGAAAAACAACAUAGAAAAUAAAAAUUAGAAAAAAGAACAACUUAGAUUUAAAAAAAAACAUUGUUAAGGAGCAUUUAUCCUCUAAUUGAGUUCUUAAGAGUAAACCUCUGCGGUCCAACAUCGAUAAGUUUGACCAUAUUCAUUAUCACUGAAGUUAUGAAAGCUUACAGGUUACAUGUCGGCUUUCCACGAAGUGAAUGUUUUCUCUAUAUAGGCAGAAAUUGAGAUGCAAAUUUCCCAGGCUUGGUGGCAUGAAAACAGACGUUUCACUUCAGCUAAUGGAGCCAAAACAGACAUGCAUCCUUGCCCAAUUCAUAUGAAUCUGGUCGCAUUCAAGACGAUAUCGUUAAAUCAUUACCGUAUGAGUUACUCCAUGAGCUAUAUCACAUCACAAAUUAAAAGGUUUGGUUUUUGCAUAGAAGCAGCUUUACAGCAUAUACGAUAUGCCAACCACGUAUUAUUUUUGUCAAAGUGUAAAUGCAAUGAUACCCACAACCAUAUAUAUAUGAGGUAAUAUAUCAUCAUUUGCUAUGAUAUCCAUAUUUCGAAAAUAAAACAUUAUUGUUAAAAGAAAAGUUUUGCAAUAACACUUCAUAAUAACUUUAUUUUCG